AUGAAGACAAUGCAGAUCAAUAAGGAAGAACAAAUUAAGCAUUGGUCCAAAGCAUCACUUACCCUAAUUUCCUUCUCCUUCCAGGCAGCUCCAGCGGCUUCUUCCUUCUCUGCCCUGAGUGUCGCUGCUGCCCGAAAAACCGCCGUCGGCGAGCCAAGCACCACCGUCCGGCUCCAACGGCUCCUUCUCCAUAUACCUUCGGUUCCGUUCGCACUCCCUCCUGCCGAAUCCACCGCCAGCUGCAGCAACCCGUCGCUGUCUUGUGCCCCGUCGCGAUUCCAUGGAAACGCCGCCGCCACCUGCUUCUUCAUCGUUCGAGCUUCCUCCUCGCAAUCCCAAGGGAAGACUGCCGCAAGGAGUGGAGAUGGCCUUGCCAAGAACGAAGAAACGCACUGGAACCCUCCGCCACACCUUCGAGGAUCUCCGGCGCCGUUACCGAGGGUCAGAUCUGGUGGUGCGUCAUCGUCGAAGCCGCCCCCUCUGUGCAGCACUGAAGCGUCGUCAGUGCCGACCAAGACCACCGCAUUCGAGUUCAGAUGCGGUGGUUUCGGUGGCGGUCGCGGCACCCUCACCUUUGUCGGUUUUGGAUACGCGAACUCCACCUGCUCCAGCGCCAUCGCGAACGUCACUGCUGAAGACCCCGCGAGAAAAGUGGGCCUGCUUGACUCGUUGAAGGACGUUCUGAUUUCUCUACUAUUAUUGCGAUCUGCUACCGUCUUCGUAAUUAUUCCCGAGACUUCAUGCUUUGCUGUUCAUAGCAACAAACAAAGCACAGAGCAGAGUUUGAGGAAAUAUGAGUUUUGGGAUCAUUGGAAGCAUGGAAUCGAGGAGGGUACGAAGCCUCAGGUGUACAAUGAAGAGCAUGACAACAAGGAUCUUCAACAAGGUGUUGCCGCAGCAAGAAACAGAGAUUAGAGAACUGGCUGUCAGAAAAAUAGAACGGCGAUGGAAUCUGCUGCACGUCACGCGCUCGGAAAAGAUUCUUUCCUUCUUUCUUAUAAUUUUGAUUUGCUUACUAGCUAUGCAGGAAAAAUUGGGAGAGCUCGAGACAGCAGAUAAUGUGUCAGUCAUAUGCAGAGGAUGACGAUGAAUUUGAUGAAUGUUACUUCCAAAAGAAGUACAUUGAAGGUAAUUCUCCAUUAUAAAUAAAUAAAUAAUAAAAUUGGAUCUUCUAAGUUUCUCCCUGUUCUUAAAGAGGAGAUAGUAUUGUCUUUUCCUUAAGAAAUUAUGCUUUCUCUAUGUUAGGGAGAUGCAAAAGGGUUCAGAUGUUCUCAUGUUUUAAGUUGUGUUUCAAUCUCCACCAUUAAAAGGUAAACAUUUAAUUUUAAUCAAUGACAAAGAUUGAAACAUGACAAACAACAUGAAAAGACAAUAGAAGAUCCAAAUACAGCCAAAAAAAAGAAGGAAUGGAAUCAAUAAUGUGAUGCACGAAUGUCAUGGUGGAGAAAUCAUUGAAAACUUUUGAAGUGGUUAUCUGGUCAUCUGACAUUUGCUUGAUUUCCUGCAUUUUGAUUAUUAUUACACACAAAUUAGAACUUAAGAGGUGCCUUUUUGCAUUAUUUUAAUUAUUACUCCCAUGCAUGUUGGCAUGUGUGGUUUAGAUAGGAAAAAAUGAGAUAUUUUAAUAGGAAAAUGUCUAAACUCAACCAUUUAGAAAUUUGUCAACUGAAGGAUAGUUCAUUGCUUUGAAAAUAGGGUACAGAGUUAUCAAAGAUGUUGCCCUGUUCCAAUUUGUUCUUUGUUUCUUGAUCCACAUGUUAACAAAUUUGAAUUCUGAAACAAUUUAGAGCAUAGAAAAUGCUAUCUUCUAUGAGCAGCAAGUGGAACAUUGAUUAAGGGCUACAUUAGCUGUUUGCUUACUCAUUUACUCUCUAGAGUGUUGUGCAAGUAUAGUGGUUAUGGUGAGGAGAAUGAGGAGGAACAAGGAGAAGAGGAAGAAAAUGGAGAGGAGGAAUAGUUAAGGAAACAAAAAAAAAAAGACUUUUUUAAGACUUUCUUUGUGCUACUCUGCCAGUCUUCUGGCUCUGACUUACCAUAUUUGGAACACAAAUUAUAACCCGAGUUGCUUUCUCUUUUUUGGCGCCUUUUACAUUAACACAUUAAUCCAUUAUUCCGAGUUAAUACAAUCUUUAUCUUAUUUUAUUUUUUUGGUGACGAGAAAAUUAGAAAGCAAGAAUUUAUUCGCAUUCUGAUUCAGAGUAAGGUUUUUUUUGUUCACUCUUCUCUUUUAUUUUUUUUAAUGAUUGAUUCAAUGCAAUGUAUUUUUUUAUAAUAUAAAAAAACGUUUUUUGGCAGAAGGUGAAACGGAGCAGAAAAAAAUUCUUUUUUUUUUUCAGCCAUGAUGAUCAUCAACGGUGAUCAUCAGGAUCCGAACAUUGUUUUCGUGUUCUGCUAGCAACACCGUUAAUGAUCACCAUGGCUGAACAAAAAGUUUUUUUUCCUCUGUUUUUCGUGCUCCAUUUCAACUUCUGUCAAAAAUACGUUUUUUUAUUUAUAAAAGAUGCCUUGCAUUGAAUCAAUCAUUAAAAAGAAAAAACAAUAAAAGAGAUGGUUGAACAAAAAAAACCUACUAUGAAUCAGAAAGUGAAUGAGUUCUUGCUUUCUAAUUUUCUCGUCACCGAAAAAAAUAAAAUGAGAUAAGAUUGUAUUGGUUCGGAAUAAUGGUUGAAAACUUGAAAUAGAACAUAAAGUGAUGAAGCUAAACUCAUAGCAUAAUCUUUUUCUUUUUAUUUGUAAAAAUAGAACGGCUUAGGGAGGAAGCAGGGUGGUAAUGGAGAGAACAAAAAAAGCAGGUGGCAGAAGACAGAGGCAAUGGCAAAUCUAUAAAGUUUCUGUCUACUGUAUUAACACUCUACUGUAUUAAUGUGUUAAUGUAAAAGCCCCAAAAAAGAGAAAGCAACUCAGGUUGUAAUGGGUGUUCCAAAUAUGGCAAGUCAGAGCCAGAGGACUGACAGUGCAGCACAGAGAAGUCUUAAAUGUCAGAAGACAGAGGCAAUGGCAAAUCUUUUUCUUCCUUUAGAGAGUAAAUGAAUAAUGAACCACUAUACUUGCACACACUCUAGAGAGUAGAUGAGUAAGCAAACAGCUAAUGUAGCCCUUAAUCCAUGUGAAACCUUAGUACUAAAAGUAACACCAAAAAGCAAAGUAAUCAAAGAAGCUCUAUCUCUAUUCGACUUGGCAAUUACAAAUAAUUCAAGUCGCACAGGCAAUGUUCCGCUUGCUGCUUAUAAAAGAUAGCAUUUUCUAUGCUCUAAAUUGUUUCAGAAUUUAAAUUGGUUAACAUGUGCAUGAAGAAACAAGAACAAAUUGAAACAGCGGCAACAUUUUUAACAAUUCUGUACCGUAUUUUUCAAAGCAAUGAACUAACCUUCGGUUGACAAAUUUCUAAAUGGUUGAGUUUACCAUUUUUCCAUUAAAAUAUCUCAUUUUUUCAUAUGUAAACCACACAUGCUAACAUGCAUGGGAGUCAUAAUAAUUUGUGGGUGUAAUAAUAAUCAAAAUGUUGGAAAUCAAGCAAAUGUCAUGGGCCACCAUGACAUUCGUGCAUCAUAGGUGCUACACUCAAACACUCUAGUUUUAUUAAAGAAGGAGCAGCCACAACUAAUAUCAAAGUAAAUUUAAAAUGCAAUGGGAAUGAUUCAUUAGUGCCUAAUUGUUUUUCACCAACGUAGGUGCACAAAUAAAUAAAAAGACACUACAAAAAGAAUUGGUAUUUUACUGUACUUUUUGAAUUAUUAUAUAAUGGUUUUAACUGCUAUUAUAAUUAAGAAUGACAAUUUAAAAAAAAUUAUACAUUUAAGUCUUUUUGUUAAUUAAGUCCAAUAAAAUUGGUCUAACAUAAUAAAAAUCAGUUUUAACUAGUAUUAUGCUAAGUUUUACUGAUGUUCAUUUUACUCAUGGACUAAAAAUUUAGCCCAUUGUACACAUUGUACGCAUAGGUCAUUGGCUUCCUAGCACUAUCCAACCCUAAACGGUUUUUUACUGUUUCAAAUGAGAGUUGAAAAUUGUUAUUUUUGUUAUAUUAAAAUGACGAUUUAAUACAACCGUUAUUUUUACUAGUAUUGUAAGAAUUGGACCGGAUCCGUUAGUUCGACCAAAAAACUGAUAAAUCAAACUUUCAAUCGGUCCAGUCUAGUGAUACAGGUGAAAACCAGUUCAACUAGUUAGUUUACUAGUUUAAUGAAGUAAGUGUUGAGGUUUGAAUUUUGCCUUGUAUAUUCAGCAAUUUAUUAAACAGCUGCAAGCAGCAAAUCUUAAAAUGAA